AUGGACCUCAACGAUGCUGCUCAGAAUCUGGAGGCCGGUAAGGAUGAGAACGGGAGUCACAACAGGAUCCAAACAGAUGAUGAUACGGGGCUUAUGCAGUUGGAGAGAGAGAUCCAAGAGCAUGGCACUAAGUAUACACUUGAGGUAACAGACAAGAGCGAUUUCGAACGUCAAGUUGUCAAGGGUGACAACUCAGUAUUCCGACUGGAAACUCUUGGUAUUGAAAUGCCAAAGGAGUCAGGGCAAUUGACAAAUAUUGAAGGAAUCUUGACCAAAAUUCUAUCGCAGUUGGAAGCUGAACAACCGAGUCGCAAGGUGGUUGAUCCAGAGUUAUACAAAGCACUUGAUGGCAUCAUUGGGAAGCUAAAACUGAUGAUUGAGGGGGAAUCCUUCCCGUUCACCGUUUCCCUCGAUGACCCUACGGGCAAUUCAUGGAUUGCGCCAGCCCCACAUGACGAAGGAAGCAAAUACAGGCGCAAAGGCUAUCCCCGAACCCGAGAGCAAAACGAGGAGCUUGGGCUUUCCGCGGAAGAGGAAAAGAAGCCAGAUGCGAAUGCCAACAUGACCAUGUCCUCAUCCGCAGGUGAUCCCGAAGAUCUUGAUAUCAUUGACGGACAAGUUUAUACCCUGCCCUCCGAAUGUCCUGGAUGCAGCAAGGUCUGCGCGGUCAACAUGCAGAAAGUUGACAUCCCGCAUUUCAAGGAGGUGUUCAUCUGGAGCACCGUCUGCGAUCACUGCGGAUACCGCACCAACGAAGUGAAAACAGGUGGUGCUGUCCCCGAAAAGGGACGAAGAGUCACUCUCGAAGUAGCCACGAUCGAAGACCUGUCCCGCGACAUCUUAAAGUCAGACACCUGCGCCCUGUCGAGCAGCGAGCUUGACCUCUCCGUCCAGCCAGGCACGUUGGGAGGCAGAUUCACAACAGUGGAAGGUCUUCUGACCGAAGUUCGCGACCAGCUACACGGGCAAAUUUUCGAGAUGGGAGAUGAGGACAUCAAACCUGGUGACUCCAUGCAAGAAGACGACAAGGCGCUUUGGGAUCUGUUCUUUGCACGACUCAAUUCCGCCAUCACGGGUGAUUUGAAGUUUACGAUCACGCUGGAGGAUCCGCUGGCUAAUAGCUAUGUGCAAAACCUCUAUUCGCCAGAGCCAGACCCGCGACUUACGGUUGAAGAAUACAAGCGCACGGAUGAAGAGGAGGAUGAAUUGGGUUUGAAGGAUAUGAAAACUGAGGGCUACGAGGAGGAUAGUGAAGCUAUAGUCGAUGCUCCGUCUGCUGAGAAGGAACAGAAAUCAUAA